AGAAUCUGACCUUCCGCGCUAGGUGACUCCUGCAAGCAUGGCUGCCCGAGCACUGACCAAAGGACUCGUGGGGCUGCGGCAGCUGCGAGCUGUUUCCACCGGAUACUCGUGUGGUGGACAUCAAUAUGCCACCGCUGCGUCCGCUAAAGCUCGUCAGCCUGUACACGACGAUGUGUCCGAAAAGGUCCUGAGCCUGCCUCUGGACAAGCCGGACUUCUUCCGUGUGGCUGAGCUCUUCUCGGUGAAAGACCUGUUCGACGCCCGAGUUCAUCUCGGACACAAGCAAGGCUGCAGGCACAGACUUAUGGAGCCCUACCUCUACGGCUGCCGUUUGGAACAAGAUAUAAUCGAUCUUGACCAGACUGUGGAUCACCUUCAGCAAGCCCUGAACUUCACUGCCCACGUUGCGUACCGUGGCGGCGUCAUCCUGUUCGUCAGCCGCCGCCGCCAGUUUGGCCACCUGGUGGAGAGCACCGCUCAGGAUUGCGGGGAAUACGCCCACACGCGGUACUGGCAGGGGGGUCUCCUCACCAACGCCCCCAUCCAGUACGGCCCAGGCGUUCGCUUGCCAGACCUCAUCGUCUUCCUGUCCACCCUCAACAACGUGUUCCAGCAGCACGUGGGCAUCAGAGACGCGGCCAAGAUGAACAUUCCCACAGUGGGUGUGGUGGACUCGAACUGUAACCCCUGCCUCAUCACGUACCCCGUGCCUGGGAAUGACGACACUCUGGCUGCCAUGGAGCUGUACUGUCGGUUAUUCAAGAUGACCAUCAGCCGGGCCAAAGACAAAAGGAGGCAGAUGGAGCUGGUGCACAGCCUGGCAGCUCCCUCCACGCCAAGCUCAUGACAUCAUAUCUCCUGAUACAAGAGACAUUAAUUCAUGUGUAUUAUUGAGUUAAGACUGGCUGCUGCUCCCAUUCAUCAUCUAUAUUUAGGAAAGCUCUGAUGUUGGUGAUUGGGGCCAAGUUGAAUUAGCCAGUGCUGUAUUUGUAUAAAGACUGAAGUUGCGUAAAUGAAUCCGUUCCGUUUCAUGGGCGUCUCCUCGUUUUCCCCAUACCAGACGUGUAAGAGAUGAGUGUUGCAGAUGAUUUGUGAAGUUAUAAUUGUGUUGUGCAUCACUGUUGACUUCUAAAAUCAGGCAGCUCUUUGUGUUACUGCCAUAUUCACACUCACAAGCUCUAGAACAUAAUGUUAUUAACUAAAACCCCUUUACAUUAGGGAAGCACCAAUCUGACCUUGGAUUUUAGUAUCAAUCUGAGAAUCAACCACAUACCAGUGUUUAAUCAGAUGGAAGGAUUUGCAAUAUAACCACAAUCUCAACUAUUUAAACAAUAGAACAUAAUAUGAAACAGAUUUUCUAUUGUCACAUAUUGUACAUAUUGUUUUAGUUAUCUUCAUCAUGCUUAUUAGAUCUCCAAGCUAAAUGUACUGGUGCACUUCUUACACAGGAUGUAGUAAGCCCAUAUAGAAGGAAACGAUGAAUAAUUCUACUAUUCUUACUGAAAUCCAGUCACCAUUAGACCUGUGCUUCCCCUGGUUUACGUUAUAUUUUCAUCUCUAGUCACAAUAUUCCUGUCAUGCUUCCAAUGUCUUGUACCCAUGAGGCUUUGCUUGUAGGUUAAACCCAGUAAAUACAAGGCAACACAUGGACUCAUUUCAAACAUUGUUGUAUGUGUGGCAACACGUCACAACAAAAUGUCAAAGCCUUUAAAUUAAUAAAUGCAUAUUGUGUGUAUAUAAA